AUGGCCACUCAAACCCUCUUAGAUUAUCUUCGCACAAGAUCCUUUGUAGAUUGCGACACUCUCGAUAUAUCGAUAGGGAAAGACCUGGGCCCAUUCGUAGACUGCACGUCUAACCAGGCAAUCUCAUAUUUUGAGAUUCAGAAGCCUGAAAAUGCCCACAUAAUUACCGAAUCCGCCCAACUCGCUUCAACCCUGAUCAAGAAAUCUCCCUACGCGGGUGCUCUCACCGCCCCCGAACUGACCGCCGAAAUCAUCGGUACCAAGCUCUCUCUCCGGUAUCUCGCCUACACUACAUCCCGCGUUCAUAUUCAGGCAAAUCCGAAGUACGCCUACUCAACCACCGACACCAUUGCAAAUGCCCAUCGGUAUAUAGCGCUGGUGCAGCAUCUUGCUCCGGGAACCUCUCAGGAUCGGAUCUGCAUUAAGAUUCCAACUACAUAUGCCGGAUUGAAAGCAUGUGAGGUGCUGGAAAAGGAAGGAAUUAGGACUUUGGCGACAACCCUGUUCACCAUGGUACAGGCGGCUGCUUCGGGUGCAGUAGGAUGCUCCUAUAUAGCGCCAUAUGUGAAUGCAUUAAAAGUGCAUUUCACGCCCGGAUUCGAAGACCAUACAAAGGCCAAGGGAUUGAAGCUGUGUGUAGUCUCACAGAAGUUUUUCGAGCAACAGGGAUAUUCGACACAGGUCUUACCUGCUAGUUUGACAUCUGUCUCGGAAAUAUUGCAGUUGGCUGGAGCACAUCAUAUCACGGUACCGCCGACGCUUCUGAAGGCCCUGGCAGCCGAACCGUACAAUGCAGGGAGCUUUAUAAACACUAGUUUAUAUGAUGUUUUGACUGAUGUUUCAGUACCCGAUGUAAAGGAUUAUGCGAAUGUGCUAGACGAUGAGGAGAAGUUUACCAAAUUAGUUGAGGCCGAUGAUGAUGGAAAAUUGAAGCAGGCAAUUGAUAUCUUUUCGCAGAUGCAGCAAGGAUUGCUUGAGUUGUCCGAAGCGGCAUUGAAGGAUGUAGCCCCCUAG